ACGAGAGCAAGAGAAUACAUUGUAACGAGUUUUCACUUUGAAGACAAAAUAAUUUAAAUUCGAAUUUCAGGAUCGCUACUACGGACUAUUAUUGGAACGAACUCUCGUUCACAAAGGACUCGCGAACUUUAAGAACACAAUUAAAAAGAGAACGUUUUGUACUUUUUUAAUGUAUUUAGAUAUAUCCUUUUCUACUAUGGUCAUCAUGGAAGUGUCCGCCAUCGACUCUGCUUCGCUUCGGGAUCUCCUGGACGGAGAUGAUCCAGACUGUCUGGUUCUGGACUGUCGCUCGUUCUUCUCCUUCAGCUCGUCUCACAUAUCGGGCUCCACUAAUGUGCGCUUCAGUACGAUAGUGCGCCGGAGGGCCAGAGGGGGUCUGGGACUAGAGCACAUUGUGCCCAACGAGGACACCAGGAACAGACUUCUGUCCGGGGAAUACCAGAGUGUCGUCUUCCUGGAUGACCGGAGUCUGGAUAUGGGAGAAGUGAAGAAAGAUGGGACUUUAAUGCUCGCCGUGAACGCUUUGUGUCGCAAUUCAUGUGGAGCAAGUGUGUUCUUUCUUAAAGGUGGUUUUGACACAUUUUUCUCUGAGUUUCCUGAAAAGUGUACCAAGCCAGUCCCACCACAGGGCUUGAGUUUGCCUCUGAGCUCCAGUUGCCAUCCAAACACUGCUGAGCCUUCCUGUAAUUCAUGUACAACCCCUUUGUAUGAUCAGGGUGGCCCAGUAGAAAUCUUGCCGUUCUUAUAUUUAGGCAGUGCCUACCAUGCAUCUAGAAAAGACAUGCUGGACAUGUUGGGAAUCACAGCCCUCAUUAACGUCUCUUCCAACUGCCCCAAUCACUUUGAAGACCACUACCAGUACAAAAGUAUUCCAGUGGAGGACAACCACAAAGCCAAUAUCAGCUCCUGGUUCAAUGAGGCCAUCGAAUUUAUCGAUUCGGUAAGGAACAGAGGUGGACGCGUCUUCGUUCACUGCCAAGCCGGUAUCUCACGCUCCGCCACCAUCUGUUUGGCUUACCUGAUGCGCACCAACCGUGUAAAGCUCGAAGAGGCGUUUGAGUUUGUCAAACAGCGGCGUAGCAUCAUCUCACCCAACUUCAGUUUCAUGGGGCAACUUUUGCAGUUCGAAUCCCAAGUCCUCGCCUCUUCUACAUGCUCCUCGGAGGCUGGAAGCCCUGCCAUCGGCAAAAGCACCACAGUAUUCAACUUUCCGGUUUCCAUUCCCGUCCACACAGCGGCCAGCCCACUUUCCUUCCUGCAGAGCCCCAUCACUACCUCACCAUCCUGCUGAAUGUACUUAAGUGGUCGGACUUUUUGUCUCGCCUCUCCGCUGGGGCGAGUUUUAUGUGAUGACUAUAUGAUCCCUGAGGAGAUCUUUCCAGUAUUAGACUUCAGAAUGUUUGGUACAUUUUGUUGCUACAAAUAUUCCACGAUUGUGCAUAGGAGUCGGCGGCUGGUGUAGCCUAACUCCCCCAGACAUUUUUUUUUUUUUUAAACAUUUUAACCCGUGGUCCACAAAUGUUAACUCAAUUAAAGGAUCGCGGUUUUUGUUUUAAAGUUUGUGACGAAAACCAAGUUUAAACACUCUGCUUACCUGUCCAUCAAAGUCCUCCAGUCUUUGUGUGGUUUGUUUGUUUGUUUGUUUGUUUGUUUGUGUUGUUUUUGACUUGGUUGAUCUUGAUAAUCAGUUGUUUUUUUUUAUUAUUAUUUGUUAGCAUCAAAAGAACCUUUGUCUCACAGGUUGCUCAGGGAUUGUUUUCUUUUGUCUUUUUUUUUCUUAUGAGAGUAGUCUGAGGGGAGAAGUUGUUAGACUUGAAGGUGCUAGUCUGAACGAGUACUGCUACUUGGUUUCUUUUUUCCUUUUGAACAAUGAAUGUAGUUAACACUGUAUAGGCGCUGCCUUAAGACAGUGGAAGUUGAAACGAUUAUUCCUGAGCCUGUCAUGCCUUUCAGAGCGCAAUCCGAUUAAUCACAAUGUUUGUUUGUUGU